CCAGCCUGAAAUACCCCCCUUUGGCCACGCCAUCAGCAUUAACACCGCACGCUGUCCGCCUCCCAUCUCCGCCGCCCGCACGGCAUGAACGCCGCCUGCGCGCAUUGACAGUCUCCGUGGAUCUCUUCUGGAAACCCCAACAGCCCCGGACGCUGUCCUCAGGCCUGCGAAACCCAAUCUGCCUUGCCUCGUAUCUGUCCCUACCGCCUCGUCCUGCCCUCCUCCACUGAUCGCUCUCUUCCACCUGCCACGCCCGCGUCCACACACCCGCCAUGGCCCCAGAUCCACACACCCCAGCAGAUCUGCCUGUCGACAUGGAGGUCUUGGCGUCUGAGGAUGAGGACGAGUCCUCUGGAGCCGAGCAGGAAGACACAGCCGAGCUGAUGGUCGUGACGCGGACACGUCGAGCAAACGCUGGCAACCGCAUGAAGGCCCUGCUUGACCAGGAAACCGUCGACGAAGAGCGACAACAAUGGGGCGAGGACUGGGACGAAGCUUCUGACGAGGAGGAGUUUGUGGGUAAUGAAGGGGAUGACCAGGGCGACUUCAACAUGGAGUCGUCAUCCAGCGAGGAUGAGGACGGCGGCGACGACGACGAUGCCGGCGAGAAAGAGCUGCGGAGGGCGGAGAGACAGGAGCGGAACAAGAAGCGCAAGAACGGCGCCAAUCUGUUCGCGGGCGGUGUUGCUGCUGCCGCGAAGAAGAAAGUCAAGCUCAAUGUCCCCACCUCCGCAUCCGCCGAGACCACUCCCGCUCCCGGGCCAAAGAAGAGAAUCUAUACACAAAACAUUCCCGCAACUGAUGAUGGACCGGCUCGCCAGUCUUCCCGCCGACUCACCAUGGCGAACAAGGAAGAGACGACGAAGCGGCUGAAGAGGGCCGAGGCACACCGGAAGAAGACCCUAGCUCAGAUGAAGGCCGCCGAGGAGCGGAAGGAAAAAGACAAGCCAAAAGCCAUGACCCAGGAAGAGAGGCUGGCCGAUGCCGCCCGGGUCGAGAAACAGAACAGCAAGAGUCUACACAGAUGGGAGGAGGCCGAGGAGAGGAGGGCUGCCGACCGUCAGGCCAAGCUAGAGGCGCUGAAGAGCAGGGAGCUGGAGGGACCAUUCAUCCGGCAUUACAGCGGCCCUGCUAUAUGGAUCGACAACAGACUCAAAUAUUCCGGCAAAGACGCACCCAAGGUCGAGGAGCUGGAGGAGAAGCUGAAUAGUCUCGCUGCCAGGACCAAAGAAGCCAAGAGAAUCCAAGACGCUGCCGCUGCCAAAGCACAGGAGGCAGCGAGGGCACAGGAAACAGCAAGGCAACAGGAGUUAGAAAGGGUACAGGAAGAAGAAAAGGCACGAGAAGCAGAAAAGGCACGAGAAGCAGAGAAGGCACGGGAAGCAGAAAAGGCACAGGAAGUAGAAACAGCACAGAAAGCUGCGAGACCACACGACGAUUCCAAUGCCCAAGAGACUACGGACGAUCAAGCCUCCAGUGCUCAAGCCGCCGCAGUUACGACAAACGGAGAAUCGAGCGCGAAGGCCGAACCCAUAACAGAAUCUUCAUCUCAGCAGCCUCAACCGUCGCUGGAUACGAAACCUGAACCUCAGCAGUCUGAGCAGGCUCCGAUCACUCCUACCCAACAGCCUCAACCACCUGCGACGACAGCUGCUCCUCAGCCACUCGAAUACCCCAACUCCAUCCACUACAAGACCAAGAACUCCGCGCUGCCGCUGCCGGAGCAGCUGAAGUGCGUGAUUACGGGACUGCCGGCGUGGUAUCGCGAUCCCGGCACCGGGCUGGGAUACAGGGAUUCGUAUGCUUUUAAGUGUGUGAAGAGGGUUGUUGCGGGUGGGGUGAGGUGGAGUGGGAGUUUGGGGUGCUAUGUCGGGCCGGUGUAUGCGAGGGAUGGGGCUGGGGCGAGGCCGGCGAGGGGGGUGCCGGCAAGAUUCUUGGGGAUUAAGAAUGCGGAGGAGAUGGUGAAGAGUGUUGAGGGGAAGGUUGAGACGGGGAGAGAUGUGGGAAUGAGUGGUUAGGGGGAUGAGUUGUGAGGGAGAAGUGUUUGAUUGGUUGGUAGGUAUGGGUUUUCGGCAUGGUAUGGUAUGGUACUGCCAUGGUUUUAUGGUAAUGGUGUCAUGGCUGCUUUCUGAUACGAGCUGCUGGUGUAGCUUGUAUGCAUAGCUGGGAACGGAAAAUUUGGUAACGGCAGACUUGCUGUCUGCAAUCGGGACUACUCUACUCGAGGGCAAUAGUAGAAUUAUGCAUCGGCAAUAGUCUAAGUAGACAAUCAAAACACCAACUUUGAAGAGGUCAACUCAAUCAC